AUGAAGCGAGUAUGUGAUCAAGAUAAGUUGGUUGCGACUAAGUGUUUUGACAAGAAGCAGCACAUGUCAAGCAACACACCGCCACUAAACCAACAAGCCAUCAAAAGGUUUAUCCGCGAUGGAUUUGUCUUGCUCUCUGGAGCCUUUUCGUCAUCUACUGCUCAAAAGUGUCGUGAAUUGAUUUGGCAACGAUUGGCCCAGGAUGGUAUCACGAAAGACUCGUCCACGUGGGUAGAGAGACAUGGCAUUGCAGAACUCUAUACGAUGGAAGACAAUUUAGUCUGGGCCGAUGUGAUAACUCCACGUCUAAAGCGAGCACUGGAUCAGCUAUGCGGACCUAACCAGUGGGAAGACUUUGGCCUCGGAUGGUGGAUGAUCACAUUCCCGGGCCAGGCAGAGCCGCCGUGGGACGCUGCCGGCAAGUGGCACGUGGAUGGCGCGUCGUACCAACACCAUGUGGAUAGUCGAGAGUCCGGGCUGCUGGCAAUCUUCCUCUUCUCCGAUAUUGGACCGUGUGAAGGAGGUACAGCGUUGUCUGUGGGGUCACAUAAGGAGAUUGCAAAGCUGCUGAAGAAGAACGAGCCGCGUGGGAUGAAAGGUGGUGCCGUGAGCUACCAGGCCAGACAGUUUCGACGACGAGAGGUUGUGGAGGUGAACGGUAAGGCCGGCGACGUGAUGUUGGUGCAUCCGUUCAUGCUGCAUGCUCGAAGCAAGAAUCUCGGACAGAAAGGGGUGGAGUCGGUGCGCAUCAUGUGCAACCCAAAUGUGCGACUACACCGCAAGAUGAACUUGAACCGACCUGAUGGGAACUUCAGCCCUGUGGAGCAGGCAGUUGUUGACGCAUUGCAGGAACAAGCCAUGGGUUUUGAAUGA